AGGAAACGCUCCGUAGAUAACAGUUUUGGUCAGGGGAGUGAGAGGGUUUGGGGGAGAAAGCUUGGGAUGAAGGAUACGAGUGGCUGCUGGGUGGAGAACAUAAAUUUCGUGGUAGGAGCGGGGUUAUCAGUCUCCAAAGUGAACGGAAGGGGGCCAGCUGAUCCCAACUAGAUCUACCCUGGCUUUCCCCGUCCCCUCGACGGUGUCUUGCUUGGUUCAUGCCUCUGGGCCUUGCUGGAAAGAGGCUCCCGCCCGCUUGAUUUGGGGCCAACCCUCAAAAGGGUUCUGGGGCAGCACACCUGUUCUCAAAGUCGCGGCGCGGAGGCCAUCGCCCGGCAGAGGGCGCCAGGCCCCCACCUUUGGGAGGUGGGGUGAUAGGUAAGCGCAACCGCUGUUCCCCAACCCGCACGCAAACAGGCUCACUCCCACAGGGCCAGACCACGUGGGCAGACACGACCCCCGUUGCCAGGACCUUCCCUGGCACCACCUACUCAGCCUUCAAGGGGAAAACUGAGGUCAGAGCGGACUUCCCCAAGGCCACAGAGUUGGGGCGGGGCGAAGCUGGGGGGCUUUUCUCAGAGCUUGAGACCAAGGCUCUAUGAACCCGCGUGCUGGGGGGAAAAUCCGCCAAUCAAAGACCCUGUCCGAUGGAGGAGGCCGAGCUGGCCAAUCGGACGGUCCCUGCCUGAAGACAGAGCCUGCCAAUCAAGGAUGCCAGGCGGGCAGGGGUGGAAACGAACGCAUCUUGCCUGUGGGGGGCGCGCCGGGAAGAAGAUGGGAGCUGCGCUUGCCGCCCAGCACUCCGUUUCUCAGUCGCCUCAGUUUCCCUGGGAAUGAGAGGUGAAGACUGGGCCGAGACCCUAGCAGGAGGGAAACAGGCUGAGAGGUCGGCCUGGUUGGCUGCCUGGCGGAGGCGGUGCCGGGUCCGAUGGGCGGGGCUCCUCCUGGCCCCGCCCCCCGGCAGCCCCUGCCCCGCCCCCGAUCGCUCCACCACUGCGCUCCGCCGGGCGCGCAGCCGCCAGUGCUGCCGGCUCCCGGCUAUGGACAACCCUCGGGUUCCCGCCCCGACUGCCGCCCCGGUUCCGGGCAAGAAGGAGCUGAAGAUCGUGAUCGUGGGCGACGGCGGCUGUGGCAAGACUUCGCUGCUCAUGGUGUACAGCCAGGGCUCCUUCCCCGAGCACUACGCCCCUUCCGUGUUCGAGAAGUACACUGCCAGCGUGACCGUGGGCAGCAAGGAGGUGAUCCUGAACCUCUACGACACCGCUGGGCAGGAAGAUUAUGACCGGCUGCGGCCCCUGUCCUACCAGAACACACACCUCGUGCUCAUCUGCUAUGACGUCAUGAACCCCACCAGCUAUGAGAACGUUCUCAUUAAGUGGUUCCCUGAGGUCACACAUUUCUGCCGUGGGAUCCCCAUGGUGCUCGUCGGCUGCAAGACAGACCUGAGGAAGGACAAGGAGCAGCUGCGCAAGCUCCGGGCAGCCCAGCUGGAGCCCAUCACCUACAUGCAGGGCCAGAGCACCUGCGAGCAGAUCCGAGCCGCCCUCUACCUGGAAUGUUCUGCCAAGUUUCGGGAGAACGUGGAGGACGUCUUCCGAGAGGCUGCCAAGGUUGCCCUCAGCGCCCUGAAGAAAGCACAGCGGCAGAAACACCGGCUGUGUCUGCUGCUCUGAUACCUCCCGGCGGGGCACAUGGCCCUCGUGACAGAACUGACAGGGCCCAGGUCCCCAGGCCCAGACUGCUCCCCGGAUCCUGCCCCCUCCCCGGCUCUCGAAGGGCACAUGGAGCUGGGCAUCUCCAGCGCCCAGUGGCUGGAGCCUGUGGCCAGGCUCUUGGAACAUUCUGGAACUCUCUCCUUUCCCAGCUGGGGCCCUGGCCACAGGAUCCCCCCCAGCCUGUGUCGUGGUGGUGCUGGUGGGUGAGGGUGCUGGACUCAGCUGCUCUGUACCUGGGAACUGGCAUUUGUCCCCAGGACUCAGGAGGGCCCUCGUCACAACCAACCCCCAGCCAUGUGCCCCCUCUGCACACUCAACAGGUCCUCAAAGCCUAUGCUUGAAACGAGAAACGACGUCUGGUAUGUGGAUAAAUGUGGAAUUGGCAGCGUUCCACACGGCCCCCAAGCCUGCCCUCCCAAGUCACCCGCCUCUCUGGGCUGCUGAGAUAGGCAUGGCUGCAUCCUCCAGCGUCUUGCUUCCUGCCCCCAGGAACUCGGGCACCACAGUGGGACUGAGGCCUAUCAGGAGAACACAGGGCCCAGCCCAGGAGGCUGGCCGCCUCCCUCCUCCCUCCUCCCCUCCACACAGAGGACUUCAGUCUCAGCCUUUGGCUUGGCCUGCAUCUUUGCAGAGCUGGACACACGAGUCGGAGAAGAACCUCUCUCAAAGAGCCACAAGUAUUCCCUGGACCGUCCAUCUGACCCCUGCUCAGCAUCUCCUCACCUGCAACCCCUCCCCUUGCCACUACUUGCCAGAAACCCAAGAUGAAAAGUGACAUUGGCUCCUUGUGACCUUGGGCAAGUCAGACCUCUCUACAGACUCUCUGCAGAAGGACGGCUCUGGCUCAUUUAAAUAGUCAUUGAGCUCCCCUCUGCCCCUCGCAGCCUCCACUUCUGCCAAGAUGUGGAGAUCUGGAACCAAGGCCAUCCUGGCCUCCUGCGAGAACAGACUUGAUUAACCCCCAGCACAGAUUCACUGAACCUCCUGGAAGGUCUAGGCUCGGGGCCCAGGAGUUUUUAAACAAGCGCCCCAGGUGAUUCUGAUGCCUCAGAGAUUGCGAGCUGGUGGCUCCUAAGCCCAGGAAUCAGCAUUACCUAGGGUGAGACAAUAACCUCAGGUGGCUCCUGUCCUCCCCAGUAUCUCCUGCCUCAGCCCCCUCCCUUGCCCAGUGCUUUGGCCCCCACCAGGCCUGAGAAAGAGACUUCUUUAGUCUACCCCACCCCACCUAGGUUCCCCAAGGCCCAUGCCAUGCCCUGGGGGGUCAACAGAGCAUUCGGUCCAAGGCCUCAUGGACAAAUGAUGGUCUAGGACAGAGGUCCACAAACUACAGUCUGGGCCAAAUCUGGCCGCUGCCUAUUUUUGUAAAUAAAGUUUUAUUGAAACAUA